CUUCAUGGGAUUUUGGAAGCCAGCAGUGAAGCGGAAGCCAUAUCUUUCACCCUCUGAAGCUCAGUGCAGGGUGCCAGGCAGGCCCAAGUUUCUGGUGACAGCCCCAGGGAUCAUCAGGCCUGGAAGAAAUGUGACUGUUGGGGUGGAGCUUCUGGAACACAGCCCCUCACAGAUCACUGUGAAGGUGGAGCUGGUCAAGAUGUCGGCCAGCCUCACCAUCUCUGUGCUGGAAGCAGAAGGAGUCUUUGAAAAAGGUGAGAUAAGCAGCAGUCUUGCCCUUCUGCAGUAG